AUGAAAAAUGAAGAGAAAAAGCUGGCAUUAGGGCUCGGUUUGGAAAUUGAAGAAUUGCAAGAAAUCGAAGAAGACGCUGGACUUGGAAAUGGUGGUCUUGGUCGUCUUGCCGCUUGCUUCCUUGACUCUAUGGCUACUCUCGGUAUACCAGCCUACGGUUAUGGUCUACGAUAUGAGUACGGUAUCUUCAAGCAACUCAUCAGAGACGGCUGGCAGGUAGAAGAGCCCGAUGACUGGCUCCGUUUUGGAAACCCUUGGGAGAAGGCUAGACCUGAGUACAUGCUGCCUGUUAACUUCUACGGCAAAGUAGUCAAGGAUUCGAAAGGAAAGGCGAGCUGGGUGGACACACAAGUUGUAUUUGCGAUGCCUUACGAUACCCCUGUUCCCGGUUAUCGUAACAAUGUUGUGAAUACUCUUCGUUUGUGGAGCGCCAAGGCUGAAAAUCACUUCCAUUUGAAAUUCUUCAACGAUGGUGAUUACGUGCAAGCUGUUAUGGACCGUAACAUUUCCGAAAACAUCACGAGAGUGUUGUAUCCUAAUGAUAAUGUGUUCAUUGGCAAAGAACUUCGUCUGAAACAACAGUACUUCCUGGUUGCGGCUACUCUGCAAGACAUCAUUAGACGAUUCAAAUCGAGCAAGUACGGCUGCCGUGAUGCCAUCCGUGUCGAUUUCAGCACUUUCCCAGAUAAGGUCGCCAUCCAGCUCAAUGAUACUCACCCAUCAAUUGGAAUUCCCGAGCUGAUUCGUUUGCUUGUUGACAUUGAAGGUGAGACACUUACUUAA